AUGUAUCGGCAGGUCAUUGAGAUGGGCUGUCCAGAGCGAUUCGGUUCGGACACGUGCGUUUCUAGACAACCCAAGAAGCCACAGAGAAUAUCGUCGUCCUGGAAAGUGCCAAGCCCUGCAGGUAGAGGCUGCAUGAGCAAGAGCCUGCGAAUGGGACGGAAGCAAUCUGCCAAACACGAUUCAUUACACAAUCUCCACCUGACAAGCCUCUUGGACGAUUCGACGGGUGGAACAGAAAGCUCCCAGCAGCUGAACAUGAUGUCGUUGGACGAGUCUGUUCCAGAGAGCCGCUCGCCCUGA